UUUGUUUCUAGAAUGAUCGCAAAUAAUUUAUUCAAGAGGGGGGAACACAGUCCAUAUUUUCAUUUAUUCAAUCCGAACAUUCAUUUCAAACAUAAAGAUAUGACGGAUAUAUAUAAGGACCAGUUACAAUCAUGGAUAUAUCACAAUGUGAGCCAACUGUGAGCGUUCAGUAUUUAUAUUUGAUGAAAUGUAUCAUUUCCCAGAAGGAAUAUUAUAUGUGUUGUCGCCUUUCCUUGGGCAUAGUGCAAACGUAGACGGGGUGGAUUUCAGGAAAACAAUCUUUAUAUUUUUAGGUAACACAGGCGGGAAGAGAAUUACAGAAGUGGCUUUUCAACAUUGGAGAAAUAGGGAGGAAAUCAAAUUACGUGAUACCCAAGAAAUGCUAGAACACGUUGCUUAUAAUGAAGAGAGUGGAUUGAAGAACAGCAAGUUGGUUAGCAACAAUCUCAUCGACCAUUUUGUACCUUUUCUACCACUGGAAAGAUCCCACGUCAGGAAUUGUAUCAUUGAUGAGAUGAAACGUCGAAAUCUGAACAGAGGCGAAAAUUUCAUACAAGAAGUGUUGGAAGAAUUACUAUGGUUUCCUAAAGUAGAGCAGCUGCACUCAACAUCUGGUUGCAAAAAGGUUGCACACAAACUUGAACUUGCCAAAGAUGAAUUAUAAUGAUGGCUGGACGUUUUGUCCUGAAUUUACAUUUAGACUGAUUUACUUUUGAUUUUCCUGUUUUUAUUUUCAAACUAAAUACAAUCUUGGUAGUCACUUGAAAAAGCGAAAUAAUCUAACAAGACAUAUUCUGAAUGUUAAGGAAUGAAUGCUUUGAUUAAAAAUAUAAAAGUCAAGUCAACGCAAAAUUUGAACUAGCGAAAACAAAUCGAGAUUUUCGUUAAAUAUAUUUGUGUCUAUUGCCUUUACAAUGUCGCCAUUCCUAAUACUAACUACUUAUUUUUGUCUCUGUAAUUUUCGAAUUUGUCAGAAAUCUUUUAUCAAAGAUUUGCCGCGGCAACGAUUUUGAAGUAAGAAGUGACGAUAGGGAUAGAAAAGUAUUAUAUCUAUGAAAAUUAUUAUUACUAUAUUUUGCGUUGUUUUGUCAUAAUACGAGGCGUGGCAAAAAAAACUUCCCUCAUUUCAUUUUUCGAAAAAUAAAAAAU